CUCGUCCUUAUCUCCUCCUCUCCACCCCCACACCCACCCCCUCUAGCGGUCGUCCUCUAUUGCAAUUGAUUGCAAUUGCCCGUCUCGCCAUGUCUCUCUCCUCCGCUUCCAGCUCUCUCCUGCGCGCUUGCGCCCGGCAACAACUGCCCUCCUCUUCUCGCGCCGCCAUCGCCUCCUGCCAGCAGCGGAGGGGAGUUGCUGAUGCCUCCAAGUCCACCUUCGACAGCCCCUUCGGCAGCUCCAAGGAGUACUCCUCCACCUUGAAGAUCCCCGAUUUCAGCAAAUACCAGUCCAAGAAGCCCCCACGCUCCAACCAGGUCUUCUCUUACUUCAUGGCCGGCUCCCUCGGUCUGGCCUCUGCCGUCGGUGCUAAGGCCACUGUCCAGGGUAGGUACCUCUGGAGAUGUCAAUGCUGCGCAACAAGAUGAGGAAUAUGGCGGAAACUUGGGGAACGGAGGAUGUCAGCACGAACAAUUGGAGGAUGGGCUAUGCUUGACCGCUCGGGACAAUUCGCUGAUGUGGAAUUUCUAUCAAUAGACUUCUUGGUCAACAUGUCCGCCUCCGCCGACGUCCUCGCCCAGGCUAAGGUCGAGAUCGGCCUUGGUGCCAUCCCUGAGGGCAAGAACGU